AUGGACUAUUUUUUUUUGGGGGGUGGGGGGGGGCUGGGUCGGCUGAGUUUGCACAUGCAGAGUCACCGUGGGGGCAUUGUUCAAAAAAUGUUCCCUAAACACGAGUGACCGUCUCAAAGGUCAGGAGUCUGAGAAUAACUCCUGUGAUAUUUAGAAACACCUUUUGUUUCCUGAUAGCCUGGCGAGCUGGUGAUACUGAGGUAAUAAGAGGAGUCAGUUGGCAUGGCAACUAUCCCUGUGACCUCUGCGGGCCGAUGGCGGCUGCAUAAAGGCCCGUUAUGCAAUAGGCCGAAUUCGCUUAAAGCAUCUUUUUUCGCUUCACAUGAACGAAAAACAGUGAAAACUUUGAAACUUAUAGAACGGGACAACGUGACCUUUAUAAUUUCUGACUCUUAAUAAACGAAUCAUUUGUCUGCCAGGUGAAAACGUUAAAAUACAGGUGUGUUGUGUACACCUGACGUGUUCACAGCCUCACAGAAUGACAGUGAAUUCAACGUCUCACUCAAGUGAAAGUAUAUUAGAAGUCACGCUGCAGAAACUGGCCAACAUCUGGAUUAUUCAUCUAAUCUAAACUACUAUAUAUAAUUGUAACUGCAGCAGGUUUCCCUCUGAGUUGUGCUGAAGUUAUCUGUGAAGUGGCACAACAUGGACACAUUGGGGGUGAAGUAUGUUUUUUUUACACCUUCUGUGUGUGUUGGAACAUCUCAGACCAGAUCAUGUGGCAAAAACAAAAUUCAAAUCAUCAGGAAAAAAAAAAAGAGAAAAGAAACAGAAAAAAGCCACAGGACUUGGCCCCGUCUCAGGAAUAUCUGCAUAAAUGAUUCACGACAGAGGAAAUGUGUCUCAGAGCGGCAGCUGCGAGGCGGUUGUUUGUGGACUAAUGCACGCAGAUUAUCACCCAUUCCUCAGGCAGGGGGCGGGAGAGAGAUACUGGCGAGCAGACCAACAGCGCACUCUUGGAAAUCUGCUCUUCCCUUCCCCGCCACCAUCACCACCACCAUCAUCACCACCGCCGCUGCGUAAUCAGGCAGCUCCAGGGCUGAGGCGCACCGAGCCACACAGCGCGCUGCUUAUUGAUAAGACUCCUUGGAAGAAGAGGACCGCAAACCACCGUCCUGACCUGCGACGUUACUUCACACGCUCGGCCCGUGAGCUGGACUUUUAUUGGGACGCAUCACGGUUAAAGAGACGCUUAUUAACAGCUGGGAAAAGUCAAGUCAAGUGGAUUUUAAAAUUAAUGAUAUAUUAAAGAAACCGGGACAAACCCUUUGGAAUAAUUUAAACUUUACUUACUUUCCGAGUCUCCUGGAUAGUUUUGCCUUGUGACGUUUGAACGUUCGCUGCUUAGAAAUGUCGCAAAGUCUUUUGUUAAUUCAAUUUAUCGCUUUUAAUUUGCGCUUUUAGCCCGAAAAAACGCACACGCACGCACGCACGCACGCACGCGCGAGGUGAACUAAACAGAGAAGACUGAACAUCACGCCGAAGAAGAAGUUGGAGGUUUCUUGUUUUUACACAGUGGGUGCCGCAGACCUCUCUCCCUCUUCUUCUUCUUCUUCUUCUUCUUCUUCUUCGGAUAUCUCCGCUGGAGACCCCGCAGUGUGGACACACCGUCAACGCGCGCGCAGUUCCGCAGGGCGAGCCGCUGUCCCCCACCCGCGCGCACUGCUGAGGAGAGAGGGACUCUCGCGCUUCCAUAAAUGCCCGGUCCGUCGAAGAGGCUCGAGGCUGGGCAGCAAGAUGAGCUCGUGGGUGCAGCUGCUGCUCGUGUUGCUGGCUGCGUGUCUGCGGUUUGGCGUAGCCGAGGGGGACCCUCUGCCUGCAGCCCUGGUGGAGCUGGUUAGAAACAGCCCCAUCGCCUCCAUAGAGGACCUCCAGCUGCUGCUGCUCUCUGACUCCGUAGAUGAGGAGGACGGGACUUCUGCAGCCAAUGGAGGUCACAGACUCCCGAGGAGCCUCGAUGCCCAGCCGGCCCAGCAGGCUCUGUGUAAAGUGCGUACAGAGGUGGUUGAGAUCACCAGGGCAAUGCUGGACCGCAGCAACGCUAACUUCCUGUUAUGGCCGCCUUGUGUGGAGGUGCAGCGCUGCUCCGGCUGCUGCAACACCAAGAGCCUGCAGUGUGUCCCUGUGGUCACGCACACCAGAUACCUGCAGGUCAUGAAGAUCGAAUACGUGAAUAAAAGACCCACGUACGCCAAAGCGGUGGUGUCGGUGGUGGAUCACGUGGAGUGCCGGUGUCAGCCGGCGCCACGUCCUCCGGCGCCCAAGAGAAAGUCGUCUCGCAGACAGCACAGCCACCAGCAUCAAAACCUGACGCUGGGCCAAGAGCACGGACAGGGACAGGUCAAGAUGCACUCCAAGGACGAGCUCCAUCAGUGGGAGGAGCUGAAACAGAACCAGAGGGCCCACCUGGAGGAUCUCCUGGAGCAGCACUGGAGCCCCAGAGGAGACACCUUCACCCAGCCCGGAGAAGGCUACAGUCUGGCUGGGGAGGACGCAUCUCGGUCCGGAGAGGCCGUUCACUUCGCUCCACACUGGGCACAUAACUCCAGCGGGCUCCACGGGACCGGAGAGCAAUCUGAGAACGUGGAGAGGAAGCACGGCAGGAUCUCGGACGGCAACAAGACUGUUUCCUCAGAGGGUGAUGUUGGUGUUGAGCCAAAGAACAAGCUGGUAGAAGGUGGGAACGGGUUGCUGCUCAACGUCACUGAAGGGAAAGUGAAUGAGGGAAACGGGGGAAGGGACAAAGCUGCACAAACACGCAGUCCACUACUGCAAGAAGACAAAUCCAAAUUUACAAAGAGUCACACGAGUGGCAUCUCUCCGCCUGUUACUCAGAAUCCUCAAGCCAAAUUCAGUCCAACUGAGGAAACCAUCAGCCAGAGAGUCGGGAGCAGAGCCCGACCGACCAAAGAGCCCAACCCGGACCCCCGAGAGCAGGGGAGGCGGAGGGGGAACGAGACGCCGGAGGAAGAGAGGAUAUUACAGAUCGAGGAGGCGAAACUGGAGGAGGAGAGAAGAGAGCUUCUGCUCCUCCACAAGAGGCUGGACCAGGAGAAGGAGAUCCUGAGACAGCAGCAGGUGAAACGAGAAGAGGAGGAGAGGCAGAGAGAAAAGGAGGCGGACGGUCGACAUCACCUGCAUGGUAAACAUCAUCGUCUGCAGACAACUACACAGAAACCAGAGAGCACAACAUCUACGACUACCACGCGGCAGCCCUCAGCUCCAGCAGGCCCCAGACCUCCAGCUCGUCCAAACCAAACGAAGAGAAGGAUGAGGAAGAAUCGCAAACGGAUCAGCAAGGCAGCUAUGAGAGCGAUGCUAAUGUAGAGCUAAAGUAAAGCCAGGGACACAACGUGAACUUGGUGUAUUUUGUGGAUAAUCCAGAGGUGAAGCAGAGUGACUCCCUUCAUAUAAAUAUUUAUUCAUUCAUUCAUUCAGUAACCUGCUCAUCCUGUGAGAUCUCCUCAGUAACACUACUAAUAACUGUCUGGUGAACCUGUAAUGACACCUGGACGGAGUAAGACGAGGGUGAGAGGAAAAUGGAAUAUAAAUAAAAGGUGGACCUUGUUUUUUUUGUUUUUUGUUUUUUGUUUUUUAAGAGAACACUUCUCUACAACGACAGUUGCUGGUGUGAAGUAACAAGCGGCAUCUGAAGACUGACAAAUCGUGUGCGAGCACAGUACAUCCGGAGGACUGACACUGCAUCGCUGUAGAACUGUGGAUAAUCGUGCAAUUUCAAAACUCUUCGUGGAACCAUGUUUGAUAUCAACAGAGAGAAACUGCACUUAUAUUUUGACGAAACCGAGUCUAUACGGGGUUUAAAUGAUAAAGUUUGUUGCUGAAAGACUUGUUUUUGUGAUAACGACAGUCAGACCGGACUGUUGAAAAAUGGACGUAACUCUUCUGUGUCACGAAAGAAUCUGUUGUAUUGUAAUUGGAUAAUCUUAAGAGACAAUCAUCAAUAGACGGCAAUGACAACUAAUGCUGACUAAAACCACCAAUAUUCCCCAUGUGUGAUAAAACUCACACAUCUGGAGCUCAGCGUUGACUCUGCUGGGAAGAUGAAGCUGUGUAGAUUUACCGUACCCAGGCCUGAUAUCAUUUAUUAGCUCAUUAAAACAGUCAUGGUCUCUCUCUAACCAUAUUUAAUAUUUAACUCAUUGCAAACACUGGAUUUACACAGAUGUGAUCAGAGAACAAAAACAUGCAUUAGUUUUAAGAUCUCACCACGGGUGUGAAGAAAAAAAAAAGAGUGAGGUGCUCUCUGAAUAUGAGGUGAUGGCGUUCCACCUGUGAACCCACCGUGUGCUAUCUUUCUUAUUUAUUUAUCUCUACCAUUACUGUGGAUUAACUCUCCAUAGAAAUACUGCAUUCAGCUGCCGUGAUGACUGGGUGGUUCCAUCAGAAACACUCAACAAGUUUAGAAAAGAAAAAUAAAAGAAGAUCAAAAGCUUCUGCGACCUCCCAGUAUCACGCAGUGUUUAACUUCUGUGUCUAAAAAGUGUGUGCAUGUGUGUUUGUUUUGUAUGCCUAAGUGUGUGGUGUAGUGUGUGUAUAGCCACACCUACACCUUUGUCAUGCAUCUCAAUACAUGUAGCAGCAUAUAUCUGUUUCUCUCUGUCACUUUCUCUCUUUGAUAGAGAGACGUUUUUGUCUUUUUCCAAUCAAUACAAUCACGUUCCUUUUAAACUCUUCAGGAAACUGAACGGGUCGAAACAAGUGAAUCAACAGCUCGUCACUGAAAAGGACAGCGGGACUUUGCAAACGUAGAUAAUGUUUUUGUGUAUUUCCAUUAGAAAGAACACGUAGAAACACUCUGGUGAUGCUCUUUGGUUUUCAGUGAUCCAUAAUCAGCCAGACAUCUUAAGUUAUUGAAAAAACAUGGCUUGUAUGUCCUUUGUGUCAACUUACAACUGUUACUGAUUUUGUCUGUUUUAUUAUGAGAUAUGAUGGAAAAAAAAGGAAUGUUUGUGAUAACGUUGCCACCUAAUGCUAUUUUCAUAUGGGUAUAAGAAGCUAAUGUGCUGAAAUCUA